AUGUUGAACAUCCACAACGAUUCGGAAAAGUCUUCAACAUCACGAAGAAACAAGCAAGAAGAACACACAUUAACCUCCGAUAAAAUUUCGAGCAGUGAUGAACCCAUUCAACAAGACUCUUCAACAUCACCAAACAACACUACUCUAGCAUCAUCAUCAGCUAAAAAACAAUUUAAAUGUUUGGAUCAUAAUUUUGAAGUUAUUCAACGAAACAAACAACAAUCCAUUCAAAUGAUAGAAGAUAUCAAAGAUUGUACAGAAUUUCCAGUGAUUGAAAGUUGGAAGUCCUUCGGAUUAGACCGAAGAAUCAUUAGUGCCGUUUUCAGACAAGGCUUUCACGAGCCAACACGAGUUCAACAAAUUGCAAUUCCAAUUGCUCUUUCAGGCAAGGAUAUUGUUUGUAGCUCAUCGACUGGUACAGGUAAAACUGCAGCCUUUCUCAUCCCAGCAAUACAAAUGGUUCUGCAUGAAAGGAAAAUGAGUCAAAUCGCAGAGGAUACACAAAGGGUAAAGAACAUUGCAGAAAGUUUGAUGACUGGAUCUCAUCAUCACACUACCAGUAAUAGCACUAAUGAAAACAAACAGCAUUCCAUUCAACAAAGAGGUGUGAGAGUUCUCUACCUUGUCCCUUCACAAGAAUUAUGCAUCCAAGUACAUCAACAAUGGAAAUUAUUGGCACAAUUUUGUAAAGAAGAAUGUAACUGUAUUUAUUUUAGAAGUGAAUUGAAUCAAUUACAACAAGAUAUUAAGGAUCUAUGUGAUUUACAGCAUCCAAUUUUAAUUACCACACCAGAAUCACUUGCAUAUGCUCUUUCUAAUUCCUCAAUUUCUCUUAAAGAAACCUUAAAGCUGUUAAUUAUUGAUGAAGCAGAUCAAAUUAUUAGAAGACAGAUGGAAUUGAUAACCAUGUUAGUGAGCAAAAAUUUACCAGGGCUUUUCCAAUGUAUUCUCAUGAGUGCUACGUUAAAAGCUCAACAAGCUAUUUCUCUAAAAGAACAAUUAUUGAAAGAACCAGUAGUCAUCCAGCUAGACAGAAGAACUUCGAGUUUGGAAGGAAAGUUACAUCAAUACUACGUCGAUAUGAAACAGAUGCAAGCUAAACUACCAAACUUCAAAGUGAAUUCAAUUUUACUAUUACACUAUUUCCUAAGUCACAAAUUCUAUGGAGGACGUGUGAUUGUUUACGUACCAGCCAACAAACUGUUCUUUGUUUAUUUUGGAUUACGAGCUUUUGGAGUGAAUUGUGUCAUGCUUCCCUAUUUUUAUCCAACGCUAGCUAAAAUUGAUAUUAUUAAGAGAUUUAACACAAACGAAUAUCAAGUUCUCAUCAGCACUAUGGAACCUGAGAGUGAGGUUCAAGAGGAUGAAGAAAGCGGAAAGGAGCUUUACAUUCCAAGUAGAUUUUCAGAAAUGAUUGCACAUUUGGAACGACGUGCUAAAGGUCUUGAUAAGACCAAGCACAGUACUACUGUGUCACACCUUUCGAGAGGUAUUGACUACAAACGAGUGGCCUCAGUCAUAUACUUUGAUCUUCCCAAAUCUUGUACUGAGUAUAUUCAUGGAGUGGGUCGUACAGCUAGAGCAGGAAAUGUUGGAGUUUCAGUAACGUUUGUUCAACCCUAUGCGGAUCAAUCAGAUUGGGAAAAAUUGAAGACCGAAAUUGAAUCCAAAUAUGGUAUUGAAGAUGGGUUGAAACCUUAUCCCAAUAUUGAUUACGACAUUGUUUUUGACAAUGAAUAUAGAGCUACUUUGCUUGUAGAACAUUUCUCAAAGCCAUUCACAGAAAAAUAUAAAGAGGCUGUUGAAAUGGAGAUUGCGAAUCAAAUGAGACUUGCAAUGGGAAAAGAAGUGGUGCAUGACAUGGAACCUCCUUUCAAUGUAGAAUUUGAGGAACCAAAUCCAGGAAUGGUUCGACAAGAUCCAUUUCUCUUGCAGGCUGGAUUGCUUGCAAAUAUUACGGCAAAGGGAGAUACAAUUCGAAGCAAAUCUGACAUUUAUACAAAAGGAAAAUCGAUACGGAUAAAAACAUCAGAAUCAAAGACUCUUGUGAAUCUAAAAAUUCAACAAGAUAUUAAGGCCAAAGAUCCGUUGUUCCAUUUCCAAAGACCAUUUGUUGAUCAAACUAUUGAGAGGCUUGAAAAUGCUGCUCCAGUUGAAAACUUUAUGAACAAGCUAACAAAUAAUACCUUAGGAACUGCUGAAAUUAAGAGAUCGAUUGCCAGCUCACAUAAGCAGAAAGUAGAUUCUCUGAAGAGAGGUAUUGCAAGCGCUGACAUGUUAAAUCCUCACAGAAAAAAGUUCAAGGAUGGAUUUUAUCAAAAAAAGAAUUUUGAAUUUUUUGAAAAUGACCACGGUCACAAAUAUAAUGACCAAACUGAGGAACAAUCUUCGAGAUACAGUAGAAAUUAUCAAGGAAGAGAAAAUUAUCGAAGCAAAAGCAAUUAUAACUAUGAAAAUGAAACUUCGUACGACAAUGGUGCUAAUCAAUAUCAAAACAGUAGAAAUUAUAAUCAAAGAAGUUACAACAAUUAUGACAACUAUGAAGAAAAUAACGAAGAGAGCAAUUAUGGUGAAUCAAGCCAUGACAACAGUUAUCACAACAAUUCCAAUAAUUACAAAAGCAGUUACAAGAAGAACAAACAUAGGAAGUUCUAG